GAUGGCUGCCAGAUUAAAGUGAAAGAGAAAUUAACUAGAAACACACAAGCUUCUUGCCUUCAAUUUAAAGUGAUUUUCUUAGAAUAUUAUACAAACUAGUAUUUUACAGGAUCUCCAUAUCAGUAAUGAGAUAUGAAAAGCAACAGUAGAUGUGUGAAAUCUAACUAGAAGAAAUGAGAACAGCAACGUUUACUCAUUUUGGAUGGAGCGUCUUCGUUUUAUUGAAUCUAAACAACAAACGUGUCUCCUGGGCAGCCAGGUUUUCUGUUGUUGGUCCUUCACAUCCCAUCAUUACUUAUGUUGGUGAUGAAGUAAUGCUGCCAGCCUUCCUCUCUCCAGAACUGAAUGCUCAAGGCUUUGACAUCAAGUGGACAACGCCUAAGUCUUCAUCACCAGUGCUUUUAUACCAGAAUAACAGCAUCAUAAAUCGGAUUGAAUCCUACACGGGAAGAACUGUGUUUUCAUGGGAGAAUUUGAAAUACGGCAACGUGUCUUUAAUAAUCAGGAAUGUCAGAGUUUCAGAUGGUGAUCUCUACAAAUGCCUUGUGUUUUCUGAACAGUGGGAGGAUGAGACCCGUAUCAAUUUGAUUGUUGAAGUUUUAGGUUCUCAUCCCUCCAUUUCCAUGAUCUCUACUCAAGACCAGAAGACCACAUUAGAGUGCAGUGCUGAGAAGUGGAACCCACAACCAGAAAUCAUCUGGAGGGACAUGAAUGGAGAAGACAUGACAUCACAGUCGACAGUAGCAACACAGGAAGAUGCUGAGGGUCUUCUGACAGUGAGUAGUGUCAUCCCGGUGAAGAAAGAGUUCAACGUGUUCGCCUGCCUGUUGAGAAGUAAGGCACCAAAAACAGACUGGCCAUCAAGACUCAUCAUCUACAGUUUCUCCCCAGGUGUUUCUGUCUGGCUGGUGUUGUUCUGUGUCUUGUUGGCAGUUUGUGUUGCAGUGACUCCUCUGCUGGCAAUUCAAUGGAGAAAAAUGAAAGAAAAAAACACAAGAUAUGAUACGAUAGCUGAACUCCUUCCUGUUUGGUUUCUAUGCAAGGAGAUUGGCAUGUCACAGCAUGUCACUAACGCAGAAUGGAGGAGAAUCUGCAGCUCAGCAGCUGAUGUCACUUUUGAUCCUGAGACUGCAAGUCCGUGGCUCAUUGUGUCUGAAAACGGGAAAGAAGUGAGGCAUGUAGACACAAGAUAGACAGUGGCAGACAAUCCAAAGAGGUUUGACCGCUGGGUUAAUGUCCUGGCCAGAGAAGGAUUCACCUCAGGGAGACACUACUGGGAGGUGGAAGUCGGGGAGGAGACUGCGUGGGAUUUAGGAGUCACCAGAGAAUCUGCUGACAGAAAGGGUUGGAUUAAUCUGAGCCCAUAUGAUGGAUACUGGAGUGUGGUACUGAGGAAUUCAAAUGUGUAUGAAGCUUGUGAU